AUGCAGCAACAGGACGAAAUGCGGAGAGCGUACGCCAUUGCCGACGAUGCGAAGAGGUACAGCGUCAUUGCAGAGGACGCACUGAGGGUGGUCUUCCCGCAGUCGAGCAAGAACAACUUCCACGUCAUCAAACUGCUCUUCGACACAAAAUACGCCAACGACGCCGUCAAUACAGAGCUCUGGGAAGGCAUCAGCGCGAAGGUUAAUACCAUCACCGAAGGCAAUCGUAAGAUUAAUGCGGCGGCUUACGAGCCUGCACCGGUCGAAAGUGUGAAGACUGGCGUUCUUCAAUACGCCACUGUGCUGCAAGAUUUCGACGGCUACGAGAAGAGGGUGUCGCAGAUCAACAUUGUUGACUUGCGCCGUUACCUCGACGACUUGAUGAAGAGCUCAGAGCUCCACAUGCAACUGAAGAUGCUCAAAGCGCUGCCCCCGUAUUGGUUGAACGACGUCAAAGCGGUGAUGCUCAUUAGGAAGCUGAGCGCGGCUUAUGGCGCCAGAGGGCACUACAAUUUUACGGGCCCGAUUAGUGAGGCGCUGAAGGGUGUGGCUGACCCGGAAUCCCCGGAGACCAAGGAUUACCAGACCUGGAUCAACCGCCAGAGGGCUCAUUUGCAGCAGCUUGCGGUCCUGCUCACGAAAUACGAUGUGGAAAAGACCGACGAGACGUGUUCCUCCCCGCAGUGCUUGGGCUACACCGACAGUGCCAACGUGGCGCUGUGGUACGAGCUCUACUCGGCGAUGGAUGAGCAGACCGUGCUGAUGCGUUCCGUUGCCGACCUCAAAGCGGCAAUUCGUCUGACGUUUGCGAGGCGUGGGAAGACGGGUUAUGGCUACCACAACCUCAACAAGAUUGCCAGCAUCCUGACGGAUGUGCUCCCACACCGGGUCAUGACUGAGGAAGAACGCAAUGAGUUCGAGGCGAAGAUAAACCUCCUGCGCGAGUCCAUGGCGAAAGCCGCGGUGGCCAAUUCCGAUGCGGCAGCACCCGAGGUCACUGACGAAGCCGUAUUGGACCACUUCGAUCCGACACUGCCGCACAACGCCAGCCACGCGGAGCUGACGCUGCUCGUUGUCUACACCAAAAGCCUGUUGAGGGAUGUGAUGAAGGAUACCAAAUAUGUGCGAGCUAACUUAACGGUUGUAUCCUCUGGGGAACUCAUUCCGCGUGACUCCAGUAGCGGGGAUUUGCGAAGCGGGUUGGCUAAACUGCAGGUCACCACUGACGUGAUCCGUGGUGUGAUUGACGGGUCGAAGUCAAAGAUUGAUGAGAUUGACGCCUACAGCAAAAGGCACCUUACGUCGUCUGCAAAUGAGUACAUAUCCGAAUACGUAGGCUCUUGUAUUUCGAAAAGAGCGCACCGUGUCUUUGCCAACACGUCGGCCGUGCGCGGACUCAUGCUUGACUUCUACGCGGACCUGCACCGCACGUUCGUGCCAAAAGAUGCCAAGACCCAGGUGCAUGCGCCCGAAGAACUUCUGAACGAGAUGGCGCGCCUUGUGUCGGAAUCGUGCCGGGCCCUGGAUAGGUACCUGGGUCCCUACGUGAAAUUGCGUGGAUCGGUGUCGAUGGACAUGGCCAAAGUGGGCAAAGCCUUGGCCUCCAUCACCCCUUCUGCCGCCUCUUCAACUGUCUUCGAAAGUAUGCGCGCAAGGUACGAUGACCUUAAGGAUGAGAUGCACCUGGUUUUGAAUCAGUUCGGUGACUUGAUCACGAAUGCGGAGCGAGUGCGUGGGCUCCUGAGGUUUGUGAAGGGCAAUGUAGCGUCUGAAUCCGGGGCUGACAGAGAGCAGCUGUGGCACGCGUACUUCGAGCUCAGAGCGGACAUUCAUAAUGGAAUCCUGCUGGGCGCCUCGUUCGAAAGCAUCGGUUACAGACGCGAAAUGAUGAGCCACGUUGCAGACCGACUGAUUAGCCUCGCCGGCGGUGAUUCGGGAAGUAGUGAAGAGUCACGUGGAGCUACCACGCCACCAGCGGGGUCAGUCGAGGAUGCCGCUUCGCCGGGUGCCGGUGAUGCUAGUGCAAGCAGUGCGGAGACCGCCGUACCAGGCGUCGAAGGUGAUGCUUCCACGGAUGUACGUGAGGCAGCCGGUGAACAGUAUCCUACCGAUAAGCUGGCCACUGAGAAUAUGGCGACCGCGGAGCCAACUGUUGACAUGCCUUCGACCACGUCAAGUGGCUUGGAGAAAGCUGCAGCGCUGAGUGCCGAACAGCCUGGAAGUAGAAUGAGUGUGGACAAAACGCCCAGUGCCCUCAAGGUCACGACAGCGCCAAGUGUUGUAACCGCCGCUCCAAGUGGUGAUGUUCCUGCCAGCAAGGAAGAAGGUAACCCCUCAGCGUCCGCUGCGUCCAAUAAAAGCAAGGAGGGUCUCGAGGCGCCCGUCAACGCGACUGAACCGGCUGGGGAGGGCGACGGCAAAAGCAACCUUCGCGAGAAGACAGCCAGCGGCUUCGACGCGCUCUGCACCUGCCUGAACGCAGCGUUCGUGCUGGGCCUGUCGAUCGCAGUCCUCGGUUAA